CUAUUAAGAGAGAUGAUAAUACCUGGUUAGUAUAUGAUACAUAUCAAUUAACAGUUUUGGAACAUCAUAAAAAUAUGGUUCUUCUAGUAUUAAAACAAAAUCAAGUUGCAAUACCAAGUACAACA